ACUUUGACUUCACGAAUCAGUACAGAAUACUGGCUCAAACUCAAUGCCCUGGUGAUCAGAUGAGCAGGAUGUGCAGAGUGCAAGGCAAGCAAGCAACCAUAGUGGUAGUCGGUGGUUGCUAAGUUGACAGCAAACCCAGCAACCCAGCUUCCUUAAUCCAUCACUAAUAUUUAAGUAAUUCUGAAAAACACGAUCAGCAGUGAUGUUGCCAGCUGCAGCUGUAGCUGUACGUCUCCUACUACCAGUGUCAGUGUCAGUUUACGUACUUUAUAAGUAUUGGAGAUCUGGACGGCAAACAGAGAGCUGGGUUCCCCCAAGUCGCGGUAACAACGACGAUGUUCCCCAAAACUCCGGUGACAACGGCGUCGUUCCCCCAAAUUCCGUCGUUCGCCCGAAGUCCGGUGAGAACGACGUCGUUCCCUCUGAUGGCGAUCUUGCCAUCGUAGAAGAGAUUCUGAAAAAUGACCAUGUCUUCCUUAAUAAGAUUCGGACACUUGACCCCGCCGUCCUUGAUAAGCUUCUGAAAAUCGACCCCGUCGCCCUUGAUGCGCUUCUGAGAAUCGACCCCGCCGUUCUCCGCGACUCUGCUGAAUUGAAUCCUGCCAUCAUUGAUGCGAUUUGUGAACUGUCUGAGAAAGAGGAAGGUGACGAGGAGGCCGACUGGAGUUGUAGUCGGCCAGUAACUGAGAGCUCUCUAGUCAUCGGGGUUCCCUCAAAUUCCGGUAACAACGACGUCGUUCCCCCAAAUUCCGGUAACAACGACGUCGUUCCCUGUCCUGAACUGUCUGAUCGCGAUCUUGCCAUCCUUGAAGAGAUUCUGAAAGAUGACCCUGUCCUCCUUUCUGAGAUUCGGACACACGACCCCGCCGUUAUUAAUGAGCUUCGGAAAUUCGAUCCCGCCGUCCUCCGUGAGAUGGUGUUGGACUCUGCUGAGGUGGAUCCUACCAUCAUUGAUGCGAUUCGUAAAUUGUGUUUGAAACGAAAGGAGGAAGAUGAACAAGAGGCUAAGGGGAGUUGUAGUGGCCGAGAAACUGAAAGCGAAAACGAAAAUGGAAACGAGACACAGAGCCAAGAGAGAGAUGAGGAAAUAAGCAGAAGCCGUCAUUACCCAUUGAGGCCUGAAGCUCCAGACUGUUCGUAUUAUCUAAAGACUGGGACUUGUAAGUUUAGGUCCAAUUGCAAGUUUAAUCACCCUCACACAACAACAAAAAACAAUCAGGAUUACUUCUGGUCUGGAGGACGUAAAGACGGAAGAGAUGGUAGUUUCAACCCCAGAAGCAGGGAACCUUCUGCAGCUCCAUUUGUAGAAAACUUUAUGGGCCUGCCAAUUCGUCCGGGGGAGAGAGACUGUCCCUACUAUAUGCGAAAUCUCUCCUGCGGGUAUGGUUUAAGCUGUAGGUUUAAUCACCCUGAUCCUACACCUGCAGGAGAAUCUGACCCCCCAUCUGGAUAUGGUAAUGGUGGACCUGCAUCAUUGCAAGGUGCAUCAUCAUCAACAGCAGCACGAUGGUCUGCACCAAGAUCAUUGAACAAUGCUCCACUUAUAAUUCCACCAUCUCAAGGGAUUCCUUCCAGAAAUACAGAACACAAUGGUUAUCAGGCUACAGAAACAAGUAUGCCUGCACCUCCACCAUAUGUUAUGAACCACUCAGUGACUGAAACCAACGCUUAUGAACAAUAUCCACAGCAACAGCAAGUUGAAGAGCUCCCACUACGACCUGGGCAACCUGUUUGCAUUUACUUCUCAGCAACAGGGGAUUGUAAGUUUAAAUCUAAUUGCAAAUAUCACCAUCCGAAAAAUCAGACUGCAAUGUCCCCCUCAUGUGCACUGAAUGACAAGGGCCUGCCUUUGAGACCAGGUCAGAAUAUCUGCACACAAUACAGUACCUAUGGCAUUUGCCAUUCUGGGCCAGCUUGUCAAUUUGACCAUCCGUCAUUAUGAACUUCCCUUCUGUGACUCGACGACUACAAAUGGGGCACGAAGAUCUGGGAGUAGAAGUAGAACUGAUGCUACAAUCAGCCGCAUCCUGUGUAAUAAGUUUUGCAUGAAAUGGCUGUUAUAGCACAGAAUUCGCAUCACCAAGGACAUGUGAUCUCUAUUUCUUAUUUAGUCUUAGAAAUGUACUGUACUUUUUCUCCCAGCUGCCACAGGCCUUUCAGUUUCAGGUGUGAGAACUUAAUGGAAACAGGACAUGUAAAUAAUUUCGUAGUUAUGUCAUUUUACCAGAAAA